UGCAUCCGCUACCCACGGCGGUUUGGUUUUGAUGAGUACCAGCGCCUGUGCCAGUCCCAAACCGCCUACUCUUCAGGGUCUUAGAGCCCCUGACGCAGGCUUCAAGAGUUAACAGCUGGAUUAAGUGCCUGUUCGCUCCGGAUCGGGCUUCUCCUUGCGCUUAGCUCUCGUUUUUGCGUGGACGAGCCCAGGGUAGAAAGUCUGGUCUGUGCUACACCAUAGCUUCUCUCGUCUUCCCUAACCCCUCAGGGUCUAAUAUGUAUUUCACAUCCCUAGCUUAAUCCAGAAUGGCUACUCUGAUCUUUGUUGAUAAGGAAAAUGGAGAACCUGGCACCCGUGUGGCUCCUAAGGAUGGGCUGAAGCUGGGGCCUUCAGUCAAAGCCUUGGAUGGGAGAUCUCAGGUUUCAACACCACGUGUGGGCAAAAUGUUUGAUGCUCCACCAGCCUUACCUAAAACUGCCAGAAAGGCUUUGGGAACUGUCAACAGAGCUACAGAAAAGUCAGUUAAGACUAAUGGACCCCUCAAACAGAAACAGACAACCUUCUCUGCCAAAAAGAUGACCGAGAAGACUGUUAAAGCAAAAACCUCUGUUCCUGCGUCAGAUGACACCUAUCCAGAAAUAGAGAAAUUCUUUCCCUUCAAUCCUCUAGAUUUUGAGAGUUUCGACCUGCCUGAAGAGCACCAGAUUGCACACCUCCCCUUGAAUGGAGUGCCUCUCAUGAUCCUCGAUGAGGAGAGGGAACUUGAAAAGCUGUUGCAUCUGGGUCCCCCUUCACCUCUGAAGAUGCCCUCUCCACCGUGGGAGUCCAAUGCGCUGCAGUCUCCCUCAAGCAUUCUGUCCACCCUGGAUGUUGCAUUGCCACCCGUUUGCUAUGACUUAGACAUUUAAAUUUCUUAGCACUUUAUAGUUUGUGUAUGUAUUAAUAGUUUGUGUUAAUAAAGCAAUUCUUUGUUUAACAGACUCUUAA